CGUGCGGGCGAGGGAAGGAGGGAGAGAAGGAGAGAGGGAGGCGGCGCGGAUGCUCCCCGGCUCCCCGCGGCGGCAGCGGCGGAUGCUCGGCGGCCGGCGGCAGCGCAGGAGCUCGGCGCGUAGCCGGAGCCCGGCGAUGGGCGGCCGCGCGUGAGGGCGGCGGGGCAAGGGAGCAGCGAUCCCGGCGAGCGAGCCCCGCUCCGAGGGCUCGGCCAUGCCGUUCGCCAAGCGGACGGUGGAGCCGCAGCGGCUGUGCCGGCGGCAGCACGCCGCUUCCGUGCUGGAUGAGAACCGGAGCGCGGAGCCGCCGCCGCGGGACCCGCCGCCGGAGGAGCCGGGGGCGACGGGCGAGGGAGCGCAGGCGGCCGGCGGCGAGAGAGAGGCGGCGGUGCUGAUGGUGCUGGACCUGUGCGCGGUCAGCAACGUGGCCCUGUCGCGGAUCCUCCGGCAGCUCUCCGACGUGGCCCGGCACGCCUGCACCCUUUUCCAAGAGGUCGAGGCUGACAUCCAGGGCACCCACCGCCGCGUCCGGGCGCUGCACGGCCGCAUCGCCGGCCUCCAGGGGGCCGUGCGCGGCCUCGACCCCAAGCAGGAGGCAGUGCCCGUCUCCAACCUGGAUGCAGAGAGUAAACUGAGUGUUUAUUACCGGGCACCUUGGCAUCAGCAAAGAAAUAUCUUCCUCCCCUCCACCAGACCUCCGUGUGUGGAGGAGCUGCACCACCACGCCAAGCAGCACCUGCGAGCCCUGCGCAGAGAACAUCGAAGCCGAGCUGAUAACAGAGAGCAAAAAGUCCAAGGGCCCAUCUCUGUGGUGGCUCCCCCCUUUCCUCCCUUCCCUGCAGUCUGCAGUCAAAAGAGACAAGCGAUAAAGGACCGGCACUUUCUACCAUUUAACAGCACCCGUUCGCCCUCCCCAGUUGAGUGUUGCCACAUGACCCCAUGGAGUAGAAAGUCCCAUCCACCAGAGGACGAAGAUACAGAUGUCAUGUUAGGGCAGAGGCCGAAAAAUCCAAUACAUAAUAUCCCUUCUACACUGGAUAAACAAACCAAUUGGAGUAAAGCACUACCUCUCCCAACUCCAGAGGAGAAAAUGAAACAAGAUGCCCAAGUGAUUUCUUCUUGCAUUAUCCCCAUCAAUGUCACUGGAGUUGGUUUUGACAGAGAGGCUAGUAUACGCUGCUCUCUUGUUCACUCACAAUCUGUACUACAGCGGAGACGAAAGUUGAGGAGGAGGAAAACCAUCUCUGGCAUCCCCAGAAGAGUGCAACAAGAAAUAGAUUCGGAUGAGUCGCCAGUGGCAAGGGAGCGCAAUGUGAUUGUGCAUGCCAACCCGGACUUCUCCAGUGCCAGCAGCCGGCGGUCAGGGACCAGGGACUCGGAGUGCCAGACAGAAGAAAUCCUUAUCGCUGCUCCCUCCCGGCGCCGUAUCCGCGCACAGAGGGGGCAGAGUGUGGUCGCCUCCCUCUCACAUUCUGCUGGCAACAUUUUGGUGCUGGCAGACAACGGGGAUGCUGUCUUCACUGCUGCUGUCAGCAACCGCAUCCGAUCGCGAAGCCUCCCUCGUGAGGGAGCAAGAGCCAGCGAGGGUGACACAGCUGCUACCACCAAGAGUUCAGCGUACGAAGCAGAGUGCUUCCUAGCCAGCCAGGAGAGGCACCCAAAAAAAGGGAAGGACGUUCUGAGCAAACAGGGUUCACAAGAGCACCAGCCCCUGGGUUUAACUUGUCCUCAGCACCUGCACAGCCCCGAACACAGCAUCGGUGAGAGAGGGAGGUCACGACUGUCAAGGAUGGCAGAUUCAGGAAGCUGCGAGAUUUCAUCCAACUCAGACACUUUUGGGAGCCCCAUUCACUCCAUCUCCACAGCAGGAGUCCUGCUUAGCAGCCACAUGGAUCAAAAGGACGAUCACCAGUCCUCCAGUGGCAACUGGAGUGGAAGCAGCUCCACAUGUCCCUCUCAGACAUCCGAAACCAUUCCUCCUGCUGCCUCUCCACCACUGACUGGCUCCUCACACUGUGACUCCGAGCUGUCCCUCAACACCGCUCCCAAUGCCAAUGAGGAUUCAAGUGUCUUCAUCACAGAGCAGUACGGUGACAAUGUGGACAAGGUCAGAGGCCACAGGGCAAGCUCUUUCACCUCCACUGUAGCAGAUCUACUCGAUGACCCCAACAACAGCAACACAAGUGACAGUGAGUGGAACUAUCUGCACCACCACCACGAUGCAUCCUGUCGCCAGGACUUCAGCCCCGAGCGCACCAAGGCUGACAGCCUGGGAUGCCCGAGCUUCACAAGCGUGGGCACAUAUGACAGCUUCCUAGAGAAGAGCCCCUCUGACAAGGCAGACACUAGCUCACACUUCUCCGUGGAUACUGAAGGAUACUAUACCUCCAUGCACUUUGACUGCGGUCUCAAGGGCAACAAGAGCUAUAUUUGCAACUAUGCAGCUGCAGGCUCUGAGAGCGGCCAGAUGGCAAGCGUGACCUCCAGCCUGGCUGACUGCACCUGGCAGGAAUGCAUCGGUCACAGGAGGCAGGGACGGCAGGGCAUCUCUCUGAAGAAACCAAAGGCAAAGCCAGCUCCACCAAAACGCAGCUCAUCUUUAAGGAAAUCUGAGGGCAGCGUGGAUCUUCCCGAGAAGAAAGAACCAAAGAUUAGUGGUGGGCAGCACACGUUGCACACUGCCAGGGAAAUGAAGCUGCCACUUGAGUUUUCCAACACACCUUCCAGAGCAGAGGCCUCUAGCCUGCCACUCAAACCCGAGCUGCCCUGGGUGAGCCAGAGCGAUGGUGGCAUGAAGGAUGCUCAGUUUGAUACAGCUGACAUGCCAUCCUUCAAAGAUGAAGGUGCUGAACAACCUCACUAUGCAGACCUCUGGCUCCUGAAUGACUUGAAAUCUGGUGAUCCUUACAGGUCUUUAUCUAAUUCGAGCACUGCUACGGGUACCACAGUCAUAGAGUGCAUCAAGUCACCAGAAAGCUCAGAGUCUCAGACAUCCCAGUCUGGGUCGCGGGCCACCACCCCAUCCCUGCCUUCUGUCGACAGCGAGUUUAAACUGGCAUCUCCAGAGAAGCUGGCAGGGCUGGCCUCACCCUCCAGCGGGUACUCCAGCCAGUCGGAGACGCCAACCUCUUCCUUCCCAACCGCUUUCUUCUCUGGGCCGCUGUCCCCGGGGGGCAGCAAGAGGAAACCAAAAGUACCUGAGAGGAAGUCCUCACUCCAACAGCCGCUCACUAAAGAUGGCACCAUGUCUGCAAGCAAAGACCUCGAACUCCCAAUUGUACCUCCGACCCAUCUCGACCUAAGUGCUCUUCACAGUGUCUUGAAUAAACCGUUUGCUCACCGGCACCAGCUUCACGCCUUCAAUCCCAGCAAGCAGAGCACAGUGGGGGAAGCCCUUAGCCCUAGCCAUCCCUCUGCCCUUGCCAUCACCCCCUCCGUCCUCAAGUCUGUGCACCUCAGGGCCAUCAACAGGCCUGAAGAAGUGAAGCAGAAGGGCAGUAUUCCCGACCUGCUCUGCAUCCAAGAGCCCGCACUGGUGGCUGGUGAUGUUUCGCCAGGGAAAAUGAGGCCACUCCCUGCCAAGAAGCCAGUAUCACGGCAGUACUCCUCUGAGGAGGCCAUCAUGUCAUAUAUUGACUCUUCCCCAGCAGAAAUGGGCCCUGGGAAGCCAUCUUUAGAAAAAAGCUCCUCUUUCAGUGGACAGAGUAAUUAUGAGCCGGAAAUUGUACCUUCAGCAGGAGUGGCUCUGGUUGAAAUGAAAACUGUGAAGGACCAAAUAACCCCAGCCGCUGAGCAUUUGCUAGACAGUUCUCUAAAUCAGACCUGUGCAGUUUCUACAGAAGGAUUUCAGAAAGGCUCAGCUCUCCUCACAGGUGAUCAUGAAGCAGGGAAUGCAAACAGGGGAGCAGAACUGGAGAGCCACCUUGAGCAUGCGCAGGCCCAGCCUGAGCUCUGUGGCAGUGAGCAGCAGCUGGAGCUCGGCAUGGCGGGUGACAGCCCCGCUCAGGCAGAGAGAGCAGAUGUCAGUGAUCAGCUUAAGCACCAACUCGAUUUAAGCCACCACGUGCCUGGGAAUAUCAGCUAUGAAUCAGAGACGGCAGCAGUAAACUUGCUUAGUGAAGCCAGUUGCAAGCAGGAGAACAUCACAUCAGGUAUUCCUACCAGAAGUGCCUCUGGUACCAGCAGGGCAGAUGAGACAGCGGGUGGAACAGAAGAGCCAUCACUGAAAGAGUCUUCUCCAAGCGACGACUCCAUCAUGUCCCCACUGAGUGAAGACUCUCAGGCUGAAGCUGAGGACGUUUUUGUGUCUCCCAACAAACCUCGCACUACUGAGGACCUGUUUGCAGUCAUUCACAGAUCAAAAAGGAAAGUUCUUGGGAGAAAGGACUCUGGAGAUCUGUCUGUAAGGAACAGACUGAGAGCUUCCUCUGGAACUAGCAGCCAGCUGCCCACCAGCAGCACACUGCCCGCCAGCAGCACAUCACCCGCCAGCAGCGCAGGUACUCCCAUGAGCAGUCAGAGGUCUCCCGGACUGAUAUACAGGAAUGCCAAGAAGUCCAACACAUCUAACGAGGAGUUUAAACUGCUGCUCCUUAAAAAAGGCAGUCGGUCUGAUUCUAGCUACAGGAUGUCUGCCACGGAAAUCCUGAAAAGCCCUAUUCUGCCCAAGUCUCCCGGAGAGCUGACAGUGGAUGCUUCCCAAAGCCAGGACGAGUGUCCCCCAGUGACAAGCCCUGAUGCAUCAUCCCCAUUGUCCCCCUGCUCACCGAGGGUCAAUGCAGAAGGUUUCUCCUCCAAGAGCUUUCCAAUGUCAGCAUCUUCAAGAGUGGGGCGCUCACGGGCGCCGCCAGCUGCCAGCAGCAGCAGGUACAGCGUGCGCUGCCGGCUGUACAACACACCAAUGCAGGCCAUCUCAGAGGGGGAGACCGAGAACUCAGACGGCAGUCCACAUGAUGACCGCUCUUCUCAGAGCUCAACGUAGGCUCCAAAGACUGCUGACACCAUGUGAGCUGAGUGAGGAUGUGAAUAGAAGAGGCCAAUGCUGUAGCAGUCAAAACAAUAAUUGCAGGGCAAUAUUGAUGCUUAAAUGUGUUUGUGUUCAUAGGACGCUGGGGAAACAGAGGCCUACGGCUGUAGCUAUUUAUGACCUUACAUUUUCUAACAGUAGAAAGAUAGGCUAUGUCUACUCUGUUUUCCUUUAGCUUCAUUUGGUUUAUCCCACUCAUUUCUGUUGUCACUGUGUAUUUCAUGGCUAUACACUUUUCUCAGAGUUCAAAGUGACUUUUUGUGGGUUUUUUUUUGUUUGUUUGUUUUUUUCCAGAAGCUGCCCAUCUAGAAACAAAUCCCUCACUGUAGUGCUUCCCUAGGAAGAAAAAUAAAAAAGCAAACGCUCUCCAGGAUUGGUAUUUUUCUACACUAAAAUGAGCUGAAACAAAAUUUAGAAGAAAUUAACAGAGCAUAUGUAAAUAUCAUAUUUUUGAUAAAAAUCUGUAAAUAGAACUAUCAAAGAGUGGAUGUGGUGAACAAUUUCCUGCAUAACAGCUUUGUUUAUAGAAGACAAAAGGAGUCAAAUGUAAUAACUGUAUUCUGUGAAUACCAUUUUCAUAUCAAACAUAAGUUCACGUGGCCACCAACAACCACUUUCGGUGCCAUAAGCCUCAAAGAAGACACUUAGCAGUCAAAAGGAAUUCUCCACUUCAGCUACAAAUUACCAGCUGACUGAGAGUGGAUUGAAGUAACCAUUUGUCUUUCUAGCAUAGCCCCAACAAGCUAACUGAGAAGUGCAGCUGUGAGUUUUAGCACGACCAUUGGUUGGGAAGACAGGUGUGCUUCUGACAGAACAAAGUCAUUCCUGACACAAAGCCCCAAACGGUCUCAUCUGGUGGUGCCCCCGGGUCUUCGUGCUAACAGGGAUUGAUUUAGCAAGAACAGACACGAGGAAAUAGUACUUAGCUUCAUAUUCCUAUUAGGCUAUUGGGAUACAUAACACAGUCAUAACCUGGUAAAGAUAAUCUUUAAACAUAAUUAGUUUCUGGUUCUUAAGGGAAACAAAUAAAUGAUAAGCAUGCAACAAGCGCUUUCAAUUUAUCAGUAAAUAUCUGCGAUGAGUUUUCAGUGAAGCUUUCUCUUUGUGCUGAUGAGAUUCAUGCUACCUAAAUAUUUACCAAAAUGACACUGUGAAAAUGUAGCUGGGAAUUAGGUAUGUGUAUGCAUUAUUUAUAUUCACUGCGAAACCGUGAAGGGGAAAGCUCUGGUUUCUUGUGCCAGCCACAGACGUUUGGUUUUCGUCUGGGUUCACCAGAAGCAUGCAGCAGGGUGGGGGAUUGGGAUGGGCUGGGAGAGGAGAUAAAUCAAAGCAAUUGCUUUGAUACAAAUGAAGGCAGGGAAAUAAAAGCUUAAUUACUUGAAGUUACUUGAAUUUUCUUGUCUUAAAACUGAAAGGAUGCGUACUUUUAAGCUCAGCCCACAAGUUGCUUUAUACUUUUAAUUUUUAAAUGAAAUACAACCAGUUCUUGGUCUUAUUCUCCUUUGGGCCGCCACUGUUUUCACAGCAUAGCCCAACCAUGCCGCUCAGAGAACAAGGCCCUCUUUGUCCAAAAUUUGUGCAGUUGGUGUCAAGGAAUGCCGCGUUGCAACACCGAAGGCUCUGGGUUCGAAUCCCCCCUGUGGCGCAAGUGGUAGAAGUGCCGCUCUGCUACACAGAGGCUUGAAUCCCCGGGGGUUGGACUCAAUGAUCUCUAAGGUCCCUUCCAACCCACACGAGACUGUGAUACUAUGAAUUGCUGUAGGAAAUGCUUUGGAGUGGAGGAACAGAAGGGAUGUUAGUGCAGAGAAAUAGCGCAAGAAGAAAGGUGGUACACAGUAGGACAGAUUGAACAGGACAGCAGAAAGAGCAUACUUGGAUCCUAAAGAAAUCAACUCAAAGCUGGCUUUAAGCAGAAGUAGAUGAUAGGGAAGUGGAAUGUAUGAAAUGGGUUUUUCCCUUUUUUUUUUUUUUCCUUUUAAUCACGUAAUGCAUAAAGCUUAAGAGUUUUAAAAGCGGGCAGAUCAUGUUUUGAAGAGGAAGGUUCUUAUGAUUUUAAAAGUUUGAGCAAGUCAGAGGGGUUGAACAAAUCCUCAGACGUAUUUCCAAUAAGGUUUAUAUCUCAUUUGGUCUAGUGUACACUAUAAAAUAUGUAAUUCAGGGUAUCCUACCGUCUUCCUGUGUCUGCUUGUGUGCAGUAUGAGAGUUGGAAUUACUAUGCGAGUUGGAAUUACUAUGCAUGUGGUAUGUGUGUUGAGAAGAGAGGUAGUAAAUCAGGGCUCCAAAAUGGGGAAGUCUGAAACAGUUUUAAUAAGGGCAGGUGGAGCAAGGUUUUGGAAACAAAUGGCUAGUCUUAUUAGUAGCUUAGUUAAGAAAAGGAGCUGAAACACAAGUAAAAGAGUGAAGAUUCUAUGGAAUUGCUUAGUGUAUAAAACAACACUUUCUGGAAGACAUGAGGAAGCUUUGAUACUAAGAGAAAAUUCUUAGUUUGGCAUCUUGAGUCAUUUUCCAAGGAAGUUUUACCCAAAGCACUUUUAUAAACGUUUAACCUAAAAGGCGUUACGUAUGUUUAAAGAAUCAUUCAAAAACUGUAAAGAGAAUACAGCUGAGUUGACACUGGUGGUACACUUUUUAUUACCAACCAACAAUUUAACAGCUGCCAUUUAUCGGUAUCUAAGCACUAAAAAUGAACUGUGAGGCAGUAUUUCAUGUACAGAAUGGGCAGAGAACAGGAACAUUGUAUAUCUUGAAACAGGGUACAGCACAUGCAUUAGGCAACCAGUGAAUCAUCAUUUCAAACUAUGUUCUGUUGCUUGCACUGAUGUUAAGGAAAUCACACAUAUAUUCAGAAAAGUAACAUUUCCCCCUUUUUCUUCUUUUUCUUGUGGCAGCAUAGAGGAGAUGGAAUAGUUGUAGCAAAUAAAGCAUAUACGUGCUGUUGCCAAAGGUCAGUGAUUGAGUGCAUUUGCUGCAGUGGUGGCAGAUAUAGAGAAAUACUGUAGGUUAUGACUUAAAGAAUUUAAAAAUUUAAAAAAAAAAUAAAGAAGGUUACAGUGUAACUAUUUUGGUACUAGCACCAGUUCAUGCUGGCAGAAAAGACAAUGGUUUAUGGACUUGCAUCCAUUUUGUAUUUUUGUAAUAUUUGUAAAUACAAACUUUUUAAAUUGUUGCAAAGAUGGUUUCUUUUGUAAAAUGUUUCCAAAGUUUACAUUAAAUCCAAGCCUUUGUAUAUUUUAGAGCUGUGCAACACUUUAAGUCUUGUAUUUAUUUUUAGUAAAAACGGUGACAGUUUCAUUGUGAACCCCUCUCAAAAAAUGUGUUGGAAAAGUUUGAUUACCUAGAAAGUGUGUACAGAAACUGCAAAUAAACGUGACUGCAAUUAAA